UGCCACAUAUCAGUGCCUGCCAGUGCACAUCAGUGCCCAUCUAAGCUGCCUUUCAGUGCCACCUAUCAGUGCUGCCAAUCAUUUCUGCCUAUCAGUGCCAGUCAGUGCCGCCUAUCAAUGCUGCCUAACAGUGCCAGUCAGUGUCACCUAACAGUUCCAGUCAGUGCCAUCUAUCAGUGCCACCUAUCAGUGCCACCUAUCAAUGCCAGUCAGUGCCGCCUAUCAGUGCCCAUCAGUGCUGCCUAUCAGUGCCGCCUAACAUCAGUGCCACCUAGCAGUGCCAUAUAUGAGUGCUGCCUUUCAGUGCCGCCAUCAGUGAUGCCU